AUGCCCAGGAAAGACUCCCUUUGGGACGCCCUUCUCUCUAUUUCCUCAUCCAUGAACUUCAAUCCAUGGGGAAUUGUGAGUGACUUUAAUGUUGUCAGGGCUGCUACUGAGAAGCAGGGAGGUAGCCCCAUUGAUCCUGCUUUUGUCGAGGCUUUCAACAAUUGCCUUGAAGACAUUAGCAUGAAUGACCUUAGAUGGUUGGGUUCAAACCUCACUUGGCAGAACCGUAGAAGUGGGGCUGAUAGGGUGGCCUGUAAGCUCGAUAGGGCCCUUGUAAAUGAGGAGUGGCUCUCUUCCUUCCCCACUUCCUUUGCUACUUUUGAUGCCCCUACCAUCUCGGAUCACUAUCCUAUUUCUCUCCAUGCCUACUCCACCUCUUCCUUUGGUCCAAAACCAUUCAAAUUUUUUGACAUGUCGACCCUCCACCUUGAUUACUCCACUCUUGUCCAGGAUGUUUGGAAUCUUCCAGUUCAUGCUUUCUCCUCCCCCCUUAUUGUCUUCUCUAGGAAGCUUAAGAAUGUUAAAGCUGCUCUCAGGAGCUGGAACUCUAGAUGUUUUAGCAACAUCUCUGAUAGAGUCUCUGUUUGCAGGGAGAAGCUUGAAACCAUCCAAGCUAGUCUCCUAACGGAUCUUCAUAAUAUUGCCUUAGCAGAGGAAGAGAAAUCUACCUUCCUGGAGCUCUCUUAG